AUGGAAAUCCAAACCGAACCUCUAGACCUAUCAACAAAAGGUACAAAUUCUCGAGUCAUGCUCAACAUAUUCGACUACAAAUUCUUAUCCGGCUUGAACAAGCACUUGCUCAAGUUGUACGAACGUACGCAAGUCCGGGGCAGGCGAGUGGACAGUCACAGGGCUAGUGGGAAGAACGUCUUACCUUGCCAAGUCUGCCUGAAGACCUUCGAUCGACCUUCACUGCUGAAGAGGCAUAUGAGAACACACACUGGUGAAAAGCCACACAAGUGUCCUGAAUGCGGCAAAUGUUUUACAGCCAGCUCCAACCUUUACUACCAUCGCAUGACUCAUACGAAGAACAAGCCCCACAAAUGCGGCGUGUGCCCCCGCUCGUUCCCGACGCCGGGCGAGUUGCGCGCGCACCGCGCCUCGCAUUUACCUGUGGAAAUGCGCACUCGCACCGAUGUGCAACUGGGGUCUAUAAUAGCCAGUGUUAUGCUUCCACCAAGAUAA